AAGACUUAAUCAGUGAAAAAUACCUAUAAAAUUAAGUUUAGAUUUGUGGUGACUAAAUGCUGGUCCCCAAAGCAUUUUUUAAUAAAAAAUAAAUGAUAGCAUUAAUAAUUCAAGGGUCACAAAUGUGCCCUCAAAUUUCAAUUAUGUACAUGAAUAAAUUCUCACAAUUAAGUUGCACGUACUGCUUAAAAAAAGGAUUGCAGAAUUGAUUGACAAGUAUAUAUUUUUACUUCAACACAAACUCCAAACUGUAGCUCUUGAAAAAAGGAAAAUUUUGCUCUGCAAAAUCAAGCAAUGCAGACAGUUUGAAUUGGAAAUUUCUUUAUAAUUGAUCAAUUCUCAUAUUUCCAAAUCAAAAAACCAGUUAAUCCUUGCUUAAAUUUUACAAUAAAAAUUAUGACACUAUAUGUAUUUUAUUCUCCAAAUACUGAGAUAUUUAUUGGCUUUAAAAGAUCAUUUUUAUUGAAACUUUUCUCUUUGAUAAACUAAGAAACUUGUUUGAGAAUUUGCAUUUUCUCCAAAGGAUAAGACCAGUUCAUGAUAAGUGGCAAUUCAUCAUUUAAAGAUUUUUUCCUUAAAUUAGACCUCAUUAAAAAAGAAGUCUGCCAUCCAGUAAUCCAGUCAAAUUACACUUGAAAAUAAAAAAAAAAAAAAAAAGAGAGAGACUCAGAGAAGGGAAACAUUAAUCACUUAGAAAAACUAAGAAUUGAUUCCAGAAAUCCUAAUAUUCACAACUAUACAGAGGCUGACACCCUGACCUCCCUAGCACUUUCUCAGAGACUGAACUAUAUGAAAGAGUACAUACCACUGGGUAAAAAAAAAAAAAAAAAAAAACUUUUCUGAAUGUAGGUAAGGUGAUUUCCAAAAUUCUUUCAUUUAAUGAUGCUUGGGAGGUGCUAAUGGUAAAGAAACCACCUGCCAAUGCAGGAGACACCAGAGAUGUGGGUUUGAUCCCUGGGCUGGGAAGAUCCCCUGGAGGAGGAAGUGGCACCCCAUUCCAGUAUUCUUCCUUGGGAAAUAUUAUGGACAGAGGAGCCUGGCAAGGCUACAGUCCAUGAAGUUGCAAAGAGUUUGACAUGACCGAGCACACACAUUCCCCACACAUGUGUUUUCAAAGGUCACAAAAAUAUAAAUUUAUAACAAAAAUAUGUUAAUCUGAAGACCUAGUUCAAAUGAGUUGAGAAUUCUAUUUUCCACAAAAGAUAAAUUCCAAGUUUUUUUUGAGAAUUAUUUUAUUUGUAAAAACAUGUGAUUAUGUUACAACCUGUCUGUACUUAUAUAGAUACAUAACUAUUAUAUUGCCCAAAGGUCAUAUAUUAACAUAUAUCUAGAAAGGAAGAAGAACUAGUAUUAAUCAAAAUACCAUUUAACAGUGCCUUAUUUGACAAGUACAGUAAAAAUAAGAGGAGAAAUUCAUGAGAAAAAGAGUAAAAAGUGAUUUUGAAUAUAGUCAUUGAUCAGAUAUCAAGACAAAAGGAAAGACCAACUUCCUUACUUCAACUUUUUUAAAAUAUGGAUUACUGAGAAGGAUAUGAUUUCAAAUCCUUGGAGAAAGAACAGAGUUAUCAUUCCCUAAGUCUAUUAUUUUAAAGGUAUAAUUUAUUAAUAAGAUGGAAUUUAAGAUCUCAGGUCUUCAUAUAGACUAUCUUCUAAUAGUUCUAAAAUAGUAACAUAUAAUUAGGCUGUCCUGUGGGAACUUGUAUAAAAAAAUUGGAUUCAAAUCAUCUCAAAGUACUUUUUUCCUUGCAAGUUGACUUUUUUUCCUAUGAAAAAUUAUAUUUCUAAACCUGGCUCCACUUAAAAUAUUUCAAGGCAAUGAAAAGGAGACUUUUGUUUCUGAAAGGCUAAGUCAAAGUAUAAAAAUAAAAACCAAAAGUAACCAAACCUAACAAUAUAAAUCUUGUAAGCAUCAAGAAAUAAAUACAGAUGAUUGCAUAGAACAUGUACAUUUUAUUUAUUUAUGUCAAAACUUGGCAAUUGCUUUUUAUAAUAUAGAGGAACAAACAUAAAUUACAUAUUUGGAAUUUAUACAGCACAAUGGUAUAUUAUGAUUACAAGGUCAUUUUUUCUUUCAAAUACCAUGACAUUUAAAAAUGCCUAUUCAGUUGUAAUCAAAAUAACAUUAUUUGGGUAAGUUGGACAUUGGAAUAGCAAACCAAUAUGGCAAAGUUGAAAUGAGAUUUAGUGCUUGGAUAUUUCAUGCGAUUCUAAUUUGUAUGUUUUAAAGUGCAUGUUGCUUUUCACAGGAAACUGGUUAGAAUGAAUGUGAAAACUUUAUCGCUUUGAAUUUGACCUUGAAAUUUAUAAUAAUGAUAAAGAAAUUCAGACAUUUAAAAUCUAGUACUCAUACCUGAAGAGACUAAAUCUAAAUCUUCAGAAGUGUUCUACAGAUUAAUACUCUUUCUGUUGUUAAGGCAUUUGGAAGUGGAGACUUUAUAUUUUUAGAUUUUGAGAAGAAAUUGUCCCGUGCUUCUUCCCUGCUUAUAUGCAUGGGGAGCACAAACAAGGAGCCUGCGAUCCAGGAGACACGUCACAACGCUGUGACGGUGUGAAAACUCCGAGGACCCCGACGCGGAUCCCCAUCCCCACUCUUCCUUCUGUCCUGCCGCCUGUCAACCUGGUCCACAGGGAUGUCAUUCGAGCUUGGUGCCAGCAGCUAAAGCUGAGCACCAAAGGCCCGAAACUGGAUGGAUAUAAACGACUCUGCAAAUAUGCUUACCCUCAUCAAAAAAACUUUCCUGCCACGGCACAGGAGGCCAGGAUCCUGUCACUGUCGAAAAGGAUAAAGAUAGAAAAGGGGGAGCUACCCCUGGAAGGCUCCGAAGGGGCUGCUCCUCCUACAGGGGGGCCACCUGCCCUCGAGGGAGCUCCUCCGCCUCCUGAGGGAGUUGUCUCGACUUCUGCCCCCAACUCAGAAGCUGUGUUUGCCGCCUGGAGCAGGAUGACAACCAGGGCCAUGAAGACGGAGCCAGUACACUCACAAGAGACUGGUGAGGUCCGGUGGUGCGUGGUCCACGGGAGAAGUCUCCCAGCUAGCACAGGCGGCUGGGCUCAGUUACAGCUUCACGCUGGGCAGGCCUGGGUGCCUGGAAAGCGAAGGAGGGUGUCCGCACUCUUCCUGAUACCUUCUGGCGAUUUCCCACCCCCACACCUGGAGGACAAUAUGCUGUGCCCUGAGUGUGUACACAGGAAUAAAGUUUUAACAAAAAGCCUGCAGUGAGAUCAUAAUAGCAGUAAAAGGGUACAGCUAUGAUUAUAAUUAAUGAUAGAGAAGUGACUACAAUCAACUCCACGGUGACUUUAGACAGCUGGACUCAGGGCCACUCCACUCUCUCCAUGCCUCCAGCGUCCAGGGUACACAGCCUGCUUACAAGGUCACGUGAAAGCCUGUGAGCUGAUGGGAAACACAAGCAGAAGUGACUGUCUCUCCAAAGAGGACCAGCCCUAAGGGAGCAGAGGAUAAAGGAGAUGGGGACAUUUAAAAAUACUAAGUCACCGAAUGGAAUUAAUUUGCUUGAAAAUGCCUCAAGUAAAUUUCUACAUUGGACAAGACAGAUCUUAUAGGCAACAGUUGCAAUUUGGUCAUGUACACCUCAACCAGAUAUUCAACUUUAUCAUCACCAGGCAUGGUACAAGCAGAAACGUGUUGUCACUGACAAUAUUCUUAUCCCAAAGACUCUAUUCACAGGGAAGCAAUCAGUCCUGAUGAUGCCUCUUGUCUCAGCGUAAUUAGGUGAGCUUACCUUCUUUUUGGUGUCAGUUACUUAGAUGCACCCAUCCGUAUGUAAAUAUUCACAACCUAUGCACUUAAGACGUCUAUUUUAUGUAUAUAUGAGUUAUAUAUAAUUUUUUUUAAGUGUUCCGGAUUGAAUGAUACAUUAUAGUGCCUCUAGUAAAAAGGCAACUAGAAAAUUUUAAAAUUAAAACUUUUAUUUUAAAAUAGAAAUACUCUAGACCGGAGCAGGACUGAGGCUGGGCCAGGGCUGAGGCAGCCGACGCCCCUCCUUCCCAUCUCUGGAUCCUGCCCAGAGUAGGGGGCUGCAGGCGAGGAGGGCGGAGGACGGCUGGGCGGUGCCGGCUGAGACCAAGCUGUUUGCGGUUACAAGGCAGGGAUCGCUGCAAACACCCACCACAGAAGCACUGUGGCAUCUCUUCCCCCGCCCGCUUAGCAGCCCCCAGGGAGACUGACUGCCUACUCACACAGAAACUAGUGGAGACUCUGAAGCCCUUUGGGGUUUUUGAAGAGAAGGAGGAACUUCAGUGCAAGAUUUUAAUUUUGGGAAAAUUAACCUGGGGAAAGACUGGAUACGAGAAAUCGGUGAAAGCAAGAAUCUUCCGCAAUCUGUAACUGAACAUGCUGAUGGGGAAAUGUUUACAUCUGGAUCUUACAGAUUAGGAGUGCAUACCAAAAAAUACCAAUAUCGGUGCAUUAUGUGUUGCACCAAGACAUGUUGACUGAAGUGACU